UACAUCAAUUCCUCUUCUUUGGUACUACGAAAUAAAAUCAAACCCUAGACCGUCCAUUCUCCUUACCUCUGUUUCUCCUCUCUCAUAGCGGCUAUUAAUCCUAAUCCACUCAACCUCUUCAUUUUUCCUUUCUUUGGUAUGUAUCUCAGAUGUCUUGUGAAAUUGAAAAGAAGAUGGGUGAUGUUGAAGUCUCAAUGGUAGCUGGUAGUUGUCCUUGCAGACAUAUGCAGGUGAUUUUCAGUAUGUUGAAGGCUACUAAAGGUUUGGACGAGGAUACAUUCCUAUUGAUUUUGGCGCGUGUGAGGUUGUUGCCUCUGCAGAUGGAUGCAGAUGAUUGCCUCCAUUUCAUUCAGACAGGGUUGUUUAAGUUUGAAGUCGAUUCAGGUACAAUCACCCCAAGAAAAGAACUGAGGUAUUAUUGUAUUUUUAGCAAUGGCCUUGUUAGUUUUUUAUUCUAAUUUUUGUUGGAAAUUUAC